GGCUUCCCUGGUGGUGCAGUGGUUGGGAAUCCGCCUGCCAGUGCAGGGGAUGUGGGUUCAGGCCUGGUCCAGGAGGAUCCUGCAUGCCACGGAGCAGCUGGGUCUGUAUGCCACAGCUGCUGAACCUGCACUGUAGAGCCCGCGGGCCACAACUGCUGAGCCUACAUGCCAUAGCUGCUGAGGCCCGUAUGCCUAGAGCCUGUGCUCCGCAACAAAGACAAGACACUGCAGUGAGAAACCCAUGCGCCACAAUGAAGAGUAGCCCCCACUCACCUCAACUAGGGAAAGCCCGCGCACAGCAACGAAGACCCAACGCAGCCAAAAAUUAAUUAAUUAAUUAAUUAAAUUAAAAAUUUAAAUUAAACUAUAAAAUAAUAAAGAAGACCAGGAAUUUUGCUUCAGGCAUGUUAAGUUGGGGAAGCCUCUUAGACAUCCAAAUGGAGAUACCAAGUUGGUGAUUGAAGGUAAUUGUGUUUGGAGUUCAGGUGAGAAAUCCAGUUAAAAAUAUAAAAUUGGGAGUCUUCAGCAUGUGAAUGGUAUUUAAAGCCAUGAGACUGGUUUGUUUCCUCCAGAAAGUAUAGAUAGAAAACAAGAGAUACAGGAACAGAGCCUUGGGGCACUCCAGUAUUUAGAGGUCAUAAAGAAGAGGGGGAAGCAGCAAAGGAAAAGAAGAGUGACCAGUAGGGAAUUAAAAGACUAUGACAUCUUAGAAGCCAAGUGAAAAAAGUGUUUCAAGGAGAAACGAGUGACAAAGGCUGAGGACUGAGAAUUGGAUUCAGCAGAAUGAAGGUCAUCAGUGACCCUGACGAGCAAUUUCAGUAGAGUCAUGGUGGGGUUAAAAUCCAACUUGGAGUACAUCCAAGAGAGGAUAAAAGAAUAUUUCAGGGACUUCCCUAGUGGCCCAGUGGUUGAGAAUCCACCUUCCAAUGUAGGGGAUGCGGGUUCGAUCCCUGGUCGGGGAACUAGGAUCCCACAUGCCAUGGGGCUACUAAGCCCGUGCGCUGCACCUACUAAGCCUGCACUCUCUGGAGCCUGCACACCACAAUUAGAGAGCCCUCACGCCGCAACUAGAGAGGAGCCCACGUGUCACAACGAAGAGCCCACACUAGCAAUGAAAGAUCCUGCAUGCCACAACUAAGACCCGAUGCAGCCAAAAAUAAAUAUUAAAAAAAAAAGAAUGUUUCAAAUAGCAAGUAUGGCAACUCUUUGAAGAGUUUUUGUAUAAAGGGGAGCAGAAUAUUGCGCAUUUUGUGAACGUGCAAUAACCGGGAGGAGGGGCUGUAUGAAGUCAAAAGAGUUGUUUUAUUUUUUUAAUGAGAAAAAGUACAGCAUGUUUGUUGAUGCAAAGAACCCAGUUAAGAUUGAAAAAUUAAUAAGGCAAGAGAAGAAUAGUGAGCAGUCUCCCUGAAUGGAGUGAGAAGGAUUGGCUGAAACCUGCAUAAAUGGAGGGGGCAUCGGUAUAACAGGAGGAAAGCCAGAGGAUGUGGGCGCAGACGCAGGUCGUUGGGUAGAUGUGAUGGGGAGAGCUGUGGAAGGUCUUUUUUGAUUGCUUCUAUUUUCUCAGCAAAAUAAGAUCAAUCUAGGAAAUCUGUGAUGUAGAGAAAAACUCUAUGUAGCACAUAAGCAAAAUGGGCAUAAUACUAUGAAAGAUCAAUGGAAAGUUCAGUAUAGGUUGGAACAGUCAAAGCAGAAUGGGCAAGUUCCCAGUAGGCGUCACCUACGCAAAGGCGCAGAGACGGGAACGAGCUGAGUGUGUGUUAGGGGAAGCCAGUUUAGUUUAAGCUGAGAUUCUGUGCACCAGAGAAGUGAAAGUAAGCUUGGUUUAGUUCAAACUGUAGAAGGCCUUCAAUGCUAGGCUGAAGAAAGAAUCUAGGCAUACAUGGCUUCCCCCGGAUUUGUGUAUUCCAUUCUAUGGUGUUGCUAAGCAAUGCAUUCCAGAGUUCUUGACUGUUCACUUCUGUUACUGCCAGUGGUGUGACUUAAGCACCCUUGGCCUUUUUACACAAUGGCAAAGACCCGGGCUUACUAUGCACAAUUUUGGACUCAGGUUUAUCGAUAUUUUGUGGGGCUGUAUCACCGCCUCAAGAAAUGCUGGAGUGUCGUUAAGGGCUUUUUCACUAAAAAGGAGGAAGAACACAUCCCUCCAGCUGAGAGUAUUUUUCACAAAGAAAAAAUUGCGGUGCUUGGCCGUAUGUUGAAGGAUAAAUCUCUAGCCCUUGAACAGAGAGCUCAAGCUGCCUAUAGAAUUGGACUGUUGGCCUUUACAGGAGGACCAACUGCUGGAAAUUUUGCAGCUGAGUACAUGAAAGAAGUAGCUCACUUGUUGCAAAAUUACAAGAUGGAACCAAAAAUAAAGAUCCAGCUGCUCCAGAGUGUUGCAUCUUGGUGUUACUUAAACCCUGUCAGCCAGAGAAGAGCCAAACAUUUGCAGUUUAUUCCUAUUCUCGUUGAUCUUUUUGAUAACAGACUUGAGCCUACCAUGAAAACUGACAUAAACAGCAACCUCCUGCUUAAAUUUUGGAGUUGCUAUGUUCUCUCUGUCAUGACAUGCAAUAACCUGUCUUGUAUGCAGGAGCUUAGAGACUACAGUUCUCUAAAAUAUCACUUGCAAAUGUUGGCCAGUGAGAAUUGGUCUGGAUGGCCCGAGAAUUUUGCAGAGGAGCUGUAUUUCCUCAUUGGUUUUCACAGGAAUUAAUUUCUCUAAAUCCAGUUACCUGAUGCAGCUGUCUGCACCAUUGUAUCAUCCUGGAAAACUGAAAUAAAUAACAAUAUCCGAUCACAUUAUUCUUCAGCGUUUUUUUUUAGAUAGUUGAAAACUUCUAUAUACAUUUUCAUAGUUACUGCAAUAACCAAACUUAUGAAAAGCGCCACUGUUUAAAAUAACCUCAUAAAAAUUAAGUUCAUAAAAUGAGAAUUCACUGGAAGAUGCAUUCCCUAUAUAACUGUUAGGAGCAAUGGUGUGUUUGGGGGGCUAUUAGAUGACAUUAAGCUCAGGCACCCAGAAAUGCCAAAUCCAAACCCAACUCACAGCCACACCCUACAGUGGACACUGUCGUCCCACCCGUAUGUAUCCUUUCAGCCCUAUUUCAGUGACGGCCUUCCGGUUGCCACAUCUUUGGCUGAGGUUGCGUUCUGGCUACCAGACCAUGAUCUUUCUGCACAUCAGGCUGACCAGUUUGGGGGAAUUUACACUGAAUAGGAGCAGUGCUUACCUCCACUGGCACAACUCUGGAUAGAGAUGAGUACCAUGUGUUCAGACACCUAAAGACAGCCUAAAGCUAGGCUCUUGGAUUUUUACUCUCCCUAUUUUGCCUGUUAAGAGAAUAUGUAAAAGAAAGCUUGCACCUGACUUUUGUACUGCCCAGCCUCAUCAAAAGCUUUGUUACAAAAAAUGUUUACGGAGAAGCGCUUACAGGAUGUGUACCUGUUUGUGUCUCUAACUACAUUAACAUUUGCCUCUAGCUUAAGUCGGAGCCAUCAUAGAUUGAACUGCGUACUUUUCCUAUUUCACAGACUUGCCUUGACUAAGCUUACUUUAGCGUUACGCUUCUACCUUUCACUGAGGGGCCUGUAAAAAAAAGGAGUGUAGGUCCGUGAUCCUUGCUUGUAUCUAUUACAGGAAUGUUGUGAGGGAUGUUAAUCACAUCACGUGGAUUCACGAGGCUCUCGGGAGCCAAUUUUCUCAAAACUUAAACCCGGAAAAGCUGUGUUCUACUGAGCAACUGUUAUCUUUUCAUCCUUUGUGGAUUUUGUGAAUUGUGUUAACACAGAGUUUCUGAAACUAGAAUUCAGUUUAUAGUGGGAGAAUAAGGGUCGGAAAUCAUAAGUCCCCUUUAGAAACUGGGUCACGGCCACAAAUUCCUUUUUUCAAGUGCUUUUUAAAUUGAAUUUGAAUUUUUCCUCAGAGUAAUUCAUGAACGUAGUUUGAAGAGUCAAAUAUUGCCAGGCCUCUGAUGAGAAACAGAGGUUCAGAUUUGGGCCUCGAGGCAUUUUUAUGCUAAGCUAUGAUUUUUAAAUCGCUCUCCAAAAUUUUAACAAAUGGUUGCUAUUUUCCUUUGCUGUCCCUUGUAAGCUCACCUCUCUCCAACAUUUGGAUUUUCUUAGAAGCAAAUCCACGAUAAGAAUUUGAGCACAAGGGCUUUAUUUGCUAAUCUUCAUGUGGACAUACGCUUUCAUUUCUCUUAGGUAAAUACCUAGAACGGCCGGAUCAUACAGAAUGUGUAUGUUUAACUUUUAAGAAAUUACCGAACAGUUCGAUAGCAUCUGUGGCAUUUAACAUUGCCACCAGCACUGCCGGAGAGUCCCAGUUGCUUCACGUCCUUAACACUCGGUAUGGUCAAGUUUUGUUUUUCAAACUUCAGCCAUUCUGAUGGGCACAUAACAGUAUCUCACUGUAGGUUUAAUUUGCACUUCCCUAAGGACUGUGUUGCCAUCUUUUCACAUACUUAUUUGCUAUCUGUACAUAUGCUUUGCAAGUGUCCAAAUAUUUCCUCUAUUUAAAAAAUAAGGUUGUCUACUUAAUGAGUAGUAAGUUCUUUAUAGAUAGAAAUCCUUUGUUGGGUAUAUUUUGCAAGUAUUUUCUCCCAGUCUGUGGCUUGUCUUUCCAUUCUCUUAAAAGUCUUUCAAAAAGAAGUUUUUGAUUUUUAUUUAUGCAGUCUGAUUUAUGGUAUAAUUCGUGAUUUUUG